AUGACUUGUGAAGCCAAAGAUAAUAUCGGAGUCCACGAUGAUAGUGCCCAGGUCUAUGACGCCUGGGUUCGGCUUCCCAGCUCCGCCAGACCCCGGUCAUAUGUAAAGGAUGAUUUAAGGGUGGAGGAGGUCUGUCUCGGUCUGGCCCUGGUCGCUGAUGAAAUUCAGUGGACGAGGUCCCCUGGGAGGAGACUGCUACAUCUGCUGCCCUUUGCGCACAGGCAGGCGCGCCGCUGA